AUUUCCACAACUUUAUUCAUGCAUUGUACUUUUAUUAUAUCUGCAUCUGCUUAUUUAACCUUUGAAAAAACCCUUCUCAUAUUGGUUGACAAGUUUGUACCAUGGUCUUGCCCUUCUCUCCUACCCACUCUUAUGCUUUUCUUCAACUGGCUUGGCCGAAGCUAAGGGAACUGGAGACAACACUGGAGACUGUUUGUUUUAUUCGCCCCAGACCUCUGGCCACAAACUUCCAAAGGGAAAGACAACAAAAAUUUACCGGUUACUCGGCUGAAAGACUGUUCAAUCUGAAUCUCUCGCAUGGGAGAAUCAAAGCCUGAUACGGCUGAAAGGAGCAAACUAGGCUGCAAAAAUAGUAAAGCAUGGUCUUCGUUGUCAUAUCUUAAACGGCGCGAGUUGUUCGGGACUGCUGAGCGAAACGACAUCGUCUCUUCAAAAUAUUACAAACAUUUUGCCUUGAGAAAGAUUUGGAAUCCAGAGGAUAGACCAGAUGACGCUGGACAUGGGGCCAUUUUUAAUGUGGAAUUUUCACCCACCGGCGAUCUUCUUGUCGCAGCAUGCGAAAAACACAGCUUGCUUUUCUUUGAUCCUCUAAGCCAACGGUUGGUGAAGACCAUACGGUCGGCACAUGGUGAUUGCGUUAAUUGUGUUCGUUUUCUGGACACCAGGAUCUUUGUAACAUGCUCUGAUGAUACCACCAUAGCUCUUUGGGAUUCUAGGAAUCUAAAAAGUAAGGUUCUAAGCUUAGAAGGGCACUCGAAUUGGGUCAAAAGUGUCGAGUACCACCGACCGUCCGGCCUUCUUGUGACGUCGGCAUUCGACGAUACCAUAAGGACAUGGGACAUAAACAGGUACUCAAGUAUAGAUGGCUUUGAUGAUCAAAACCAAAGGAUUGUUUUACAGUUUUCAAAUUUAAUCCGGACGAAAUUGUGCCCUGAUGGAUCCAAAAUGAUUAUCUCGGCCAUUCCUGGCAAUUUACUUGUACUGCAUAAUUUGAACCUUGAUUACUUACAAUAUGACGUGGAGGGGGAAGAGUACCCAACCUGGGGUGCCUCGGAAUCUUCACUUGUUAGCUAUGCUAGUCAUCGAUGGCCAAGCAAGGAGCGUAAUGCCCUGGAGAUUGUUCAAGAUUUCCCAGAUGAAUGUUGGCCUUGGUGUAUUUCAUCUUUAGAGGUCCAUCCUCAUGGCUGGUGUACUCUUGCACGAUACACAUGCAAGAAAUCAAGAUAUGAGUGGACUGUUCUUCAUGACAUUCAGGAUAUCGCUGAAAUUAGAGGUGGUGAAGAAAAUACAUCUCCUUUGCGUCGCCUUACGUACAGCAUUCAGGAACCCAAUGUAGCCAGAGGUUACAUAAAAGAACAUUGUUUCAGUAGUGAUGGAAGAAUCAUUUGUUCACCAUUUGGAAAUUCUGCCAGAAUCCUCGGUUUUAGUAAAGAUUGCGAAGAAUUGGCAACUUGUGUUCAGAAGACACCUUCAGAGCUUUGCGAUUUAAAGACUCUUAUCAGUCACAAACAUGCUGUGGUGACUUGUAGGUUUUCACCAACUCAAUCACUUCUCUCUAUGGGUUGCUUAGGUGGCAAAGUAAGCUUUUUUCAACCUAAACUUUAAAGCUACAGGCCUUGAAAAUGUUCCUACUGUUAUUUAUAUGUUAGAAAAUAUGCCAGAACAUCUCUUUCA